UUCAUUGUAAUGAUAAUGACCUUUGUACAGCAAGAUUCCUCACAUAAAUGCUGCAUCCUCUAUUUCAGGCAGUUUAUCACUGCUCCUCUCUCCCAACAUGACAAGAGUUAUAGACCUGGUGCCACCUUCAAGACCUGCCUAUUGUGUUGUGAGUGGGAUCAGGUUUCCCCCUGGCCAGCAUGUCGUCAUUAUCUGUGUGCUGAUUGUGUGGAGGUCCCACCACUGCCAGUACUGGAGCCCUCACUACAAAAUUUCAGAAUGAUUCUGAGGGAGUGUGCACAUUUUGGAUGCGUUUUGUGUUUGUGUGUGACAUUCCACCUGGUCACAAGCGACAGCACUAUUGUGUCACAAGGUCGAGAGAUGGUUGAAGACUUUUACAACAGGUUCAGCUCUCAAGAAGUGGAUCUUGUGUUUAUUCUAGACCGUUCGUCAAGUGUUCCUAGAUCUGGAUGGGAGUCCAUGUUAAAUUUUGUCCGUUCUCUGUUGGAAUUUUUCACCCUUAGCCAUGACAACACUCGCAUCGCAAUCAUUUCUUUCAGCACAAGGGUCAGCAUUGACAUAAAUGACCUUGAUGAAGGUCGUGAAAACAAAUGUUCGAUGAUGCUCAAAAUUCAACUUCGGUUGGGUCAGAAGAUAAUGUCUGGAUACACUGCAACAAAUGAGGCAUUGAGAAAUGCUAAGGCAAUCCUUUUAAACUCAAGACGCAGUGCCAAGAAAGCUGUGUUUGUGUUGACUGAUGGGAAGUCCAACAUCGGUCCAGCACCGGUCCAGGCAUCUAUUGAACUGCGGUCACUCAGGUGGGACCCGGGCUGGAAUAUAACUGACCGUGGCCCCCAGCUGGAGAUAUAUGCCUUCGGGGUGAAGGAUGCCUACAUGCCAGAGUUACGGACCUUGGCCUCCCCUCUAAGCAACCACACCUAUUUCCUACCUGACUUUAGGACGUUCGAGGAGCUGGCCAGAUCACUUCAUAAUGGUGAGCAGCGGGAGACUUGGGACGUCGUCAGCAACAUGAUGCUGUGUGAGAACCAGUGUUCCGCCAAUGCUGUGUGCACCUGCACCACACGCUCAGGACAGUACCUCUGUGUGUGUAAACCUGGUUACUAUGGAAAUGGAUUUACCUGUGCAGAGUGUCCGAGGGGGACGUACAAGGACAGUCUGAGCCCCCACCUGUGUGUCCCCUGUCCCUCCAACUCCACCACCCUGCUCCCUGGGGCGAUCAACCGGGACCACUGUGUGUGUCGGCCUCCAUACCAUCAGGAUUCUGUCAGGAAGACAUGUGAAUUGAGGUCAUGUCCAGAACUACCCGAUGUAGAUCACGCCCACAAGUUCAAUGUGAUUGGUCGAAUCCGAGAUGAGGUCAUUGACACCGGGUCUCCGUGUUAUAACACUCCAGAGACUUCCUGUCACUACAAGUGUGACGUGGGAUAUCGACUCGGAGGCCACCCAGGUCUCAUUUGUAACAUGAAUGGUACUUGGUCUGGACAGGUGCCCCAGUGCCAAGUUGUUGAUUGUCGGACGUUGGAUUACCACGGAAACCAGGUCAGCCAUGGAGACGUCACCUACAUCAACACCACCACCACCUACCGGUCUGUUGUCCGUGUACGCUGUCAUGAGGGCUGGCGACUGUUUGGCAGCGCUACGCGGCAGUGUACCACAAAUGGAAUAUGGUCUGACAGGGCUGCUACAUGUAUAGAGGCACGCUGCCAAGCUAUUCAGCCACCCCCCGGGGGGUCAGUCCAGGGGGUGGAGUGCUCCAGGACCCGCCAGCUCCCUGGUACUGUGUGCACCCUGUCCUGCAGGGCCGGCUACACCCAGACAGGCCCACCCCAGCGGACAUGUUCAUCACGCGGAACCUGGGACACUGUGGAAGAUACUAUUUGUGUUGAUACUGAAUCCCCAACAAUCACAUGCCCCCCCGACAUCCGCACACCGGUCACCACAGCCAACUACGCCAUUGUCCACUGGGAUGCUAAAUCUCCACAGUACUCGGACAACUCCGGGGAUGCUAACCUCCGGCUGCAGGUGAUCGGGUUGAGAACAUCCCCGGCUCACUUGGCAGUGGGCUAUCAUCAGAUCAACUACCAGGUGCAAGAUGCUGCAGGCAACGAGGCCUUCUGCACUCGGGGCAUACAUGUUGUGGAGAAGAUAAUCAGGAUGGAUUCUUGUCCGGGGAGCAUUGUGAAGGGCAAUGUUCUGGGGUCUGGUCAAGUGGUCAACUGGACAUCCCCAGUGUUCCGUGACAACAAUAACAACACCAUUCCCUUCAUUUGCUCCAUUCCUAAUGGAUCAGUGUUUCCAAUUGGAACAAGGAAUGUCCGUUGCACACCACAGGACACUGUGCAGAACCUUCCCAUCUGUGUGUUCUCCGUCACGCUGGAAGGUAUUGUGUGUCGUCAUCCCCGCGAGCCCCUGCAUGGCAGUGUCACAUGCUCGCAGUCAUCGGACGCACUGACAAUCUGCAGUGUCAAGUGUAACAACAACUAUGACUUCUACAGUCAGCCUCAGCUCAUCUACCGCUGUCUCAAUGGACAGUGGGCACUCCGUCAGAGGGACACAUGGUGGCCAGACUGUUCACGCACCAGACAUCCGAGUCGUGCGAGGAUGAAACCAUAUGCUGAAUAUUUCUACUAUGGAGGGGCUUGUGAACAGAAGAAGGAUGUGAUUGCACAGAAGUUUGAAGAAUGGAUUCAGAGUCGCUCAUGGGACGUGUGUGGCUCUGAUUCCUGUCCGCUAGAUGAUAUCAAGGUGUCCUGUGGAGUUAACUCACGGAGGCGCAGGGAGGUCAGGUUACCUAGCAACAGAUACCAAAGAAACAGGUCAAGAGACACAGCAUCUUCUGGGAAAGCGUAUUUUGAAAAGAUAAAUGGCGUCCGAAGAGAACAAUUAGGGAGAGAGAUGUUGAAGACUCAUCAAGCAGUUUCCAGAUUCUUGACAGGAAUUGUUUCUGGUACUUCUUCAAGGACAAGACAGAAAAGGAAUAGUAAGGUUCCAGUCUCCCCUACAAAUCUUAAGGAGGGCCAUUUUCCUAUCCAUGUUGGUAAAAGGAAUCAAGGGGGCAUUUUAGUGAAUCCAACAGUGUUCAUGCGAUCUGGUGGUGAUGAGGCAUAUGCUGAUAACAUCAUGUUUGAUGAACCAAAUCCUGGUCUGGUUGUUGCUGGUGGCUCGACAACAGUAGGAGUUCCAUAUGUCACUAAUAUUCAUGAAGAUUUUGACACCACAGAAAAAGACACUGGUCCUGCUGCUAUAUCUGAAGAUAAUCUGAGUGAUGGAGUUGAGGAGGAUGAUCCUCUGCCCAUGAUAACAACGCCGAGAUCUGAUGAUGGAUCCACAUCACUAAGAUCUGAAUCUGAAACAGCUGAUGCAGCAUCAUUCCAGUCAACAAGUCAGGAAUACUCUACCAGGGACGACUCCUCGUCCACAGCACCUUCAACACUAUCAACACAAAUAACAUCAACUGAUGCAGGACCUAGAGGUUCUGAUGUGACUUCUCCCGGGACUGUGAACACUCGAAGUGGCAACACUAUUGAGAGGGUCAAGAUUGACUUUACUCUGACCCUGUCCUCCAACAUGACGGACAUGACCUUUCAGGAGCAGCUGGUGGUAACAGACUUCCUGUACAACAUGGCUGACAAUCUUGUACAUGUGCUGAAUCAGAGCAGACUUGUCCUGGACAACUCCUCCUCCGACCUUCUCCUGCCAGCAGCACCUAUGUACUAUGACGAGCCUCAGUUUGAUGACUGUGGACCAGGACUCAUCACAAGAAACUCAUAUAACAGCAAGACAUGUAUAAUGUGCCCUGUAGGAACAUACAGCAUGAACAGGACCUGCAUGGACUGUCCAGUUGGUCAGUUCCAAGACCUGGAGGGUCAGCUAGAGUGUCAGCAGUGUCCAGACAACACCACUACCAUGGCAGAGGGGGCCACCAACAGCACGGACUGUCGAACUCCGUGUGCACCAGGGUACAGCUCUUCAUCUGGACUUGCCACCUGCUUUCCGUGUCCAGCUGGAACCUACCAGGAGAUCCCAGCAUCCCGAACAUGUCUGGACUGCCCGGCGAACACGUCCACCCUCCACCAGGGGGCAGAGUCAGCAGGACAAUGUCAACAUGUUUGUUUACCUGGAAGUUAUGGUCAGGGUGGCAUUGAGCCGUGUGAGUUAUGUCCCUUUGGUUCCUACCAACCACUGGGUGGCAGCACAGGCUGCCUACUCUGUCCUGGAACUAAAAUGGCAAAUACUACUGGAGCCAUUUCUGAGGAUCAGUGUGUUGAUUAUGACCCCUGCAUCAGUAGUGCUACAGUCCCAUGUGAGAAUGGGGGUCAGUGUGUGGCGGUUGCCCAGAACGGGACAGUGUGUGUAUGUCCGGCAGGGUACAUUGGGGCAUUGUGUGAGACACAAGUCUUGGAGUGUGUGUCCAGCCCAUGUGUCAACAAUGGGACUUGCACAGACGGGGUGGGGAACUUCACCUGCCAGUGUUCCAGUGGAUAUACAGGUACUUAUUGUGAGCUGGACAUUGAUGCGUGUAUAUCAUCACCAUGCCAACAUGGCAGUUCCUGUAUGGAUCUGGAAGGAGCCAAUGGCUAUUCAUGUUACUGUCAGAGUGGUUACCUAGGGGUCAACUGUGAACAGCGGGAUGAGUGUCAUGAAUAUAACUGCUACCAUGGCUACCCUGUCAAUGAUGGUGGAAUCUGCAGGUGUAACUGUCAGGGAGGUUUUGCAGGUGUGCAUUGUGAUAUCCUGAUUGACCUCUGCUUGACAUUCCCGUGUCAAAACUCCCGGAAAUGCCACACAUUUCAGAAUGACUUUGAGUGUGAUUGUCUCCCUGGCUAUUUUGGUAAACAGUGUUCUUUUGAAAUUGAUGAGUGUGCCAGCAGUCCAUGUCGGAAUGGGGGAAGGUGUUUUGACCGAGUGAACGGCUACUACUGCAGCUGUCCAGGGGGAUUUAUGGCUGACCAGUGUCAAGAAGAAGUUGACCCCGACUUUGACCUAGUAUUUGCUCAUAGAUCUUCCUAUGGCUUUGUUACAAUGGAAAGGGAGGAAAUCCCGGCAAUGCUAGCGGUCAGUGUCUGUACCUGGAUAAGAACCAGUCAAGUAUUGGGAUCAGGAACUAUUUUCUCCUAUACAAUACCUGGACAUGAGAAUGAUGGCACCAUUGUACCUGAGUUUGGUCUGAGCGACAAUGGAGGACUGAAGCUGACACUGAGACAGGAGAGUGUGACUGGCAGCGUAACACUGUCGCCCCAUGUGUGGCAUCAUGUCUGUGUCAUCUGGCAGAGUGAUGGCGGAGUGUGGAACAUCUACAUCAACGGAACAAGACAUGCAACCGGGGUGGGACUGGCAAUGGGGUAUGAGCUGAUUGGUGGAGGCACUUUAGUUAUUGGUCAGCAACAAAAUACUCAGGGCAACAUCUUUAACUUCUGGGAAUCCUUUAUUGGAGAGAUAAGCCAGUUUAACAUCUAUGACGAGCCUCUUUCUGAAGGCCAGAUCACAGUCUUAGCCAAUCAGAGCCAGUGUGACAUGUCAUAUGGCACUGUAUUGUCAUGGACACAAGUCAUGGAUGGAAUCUAUGGAGAUGUUCUUAUUAGCAACCGAUCUCGAUGUUUGGAUGUAGAUGAGUGCAAGAUGAUGGACAGCUACCCAUGUCAGCCGAAUCAUGUAUGUGAAGAUAUGCUUGGAGGAUACAACUGCAGCCAUUGCAAGUAUGGUUACCAAGGCAAUGGCUGUGAUGAACCAAUAGAUGAGUGUGUAUUGGGUAUUUGUCAGAAUGGGGCUUCCUGCACAGACGGCCCAGAUCCAUGGGACAUCACCUGUCACUGUCCCGCAGGGUUUACUGGUCAGAACUGUCAAAGUACGAUAGACUAUUGUGAAUCCAACCCAUGUUUGAACAGUGGCGUGUGUGUGUCUCGAGUUGGUGGUUACGAGUGUGAGUGCAGGACCACCAACACAGGGCCACACUGUGAGGACCUUGGCACUUCCUGCUGGCCAAAUCCUUGUCAAAACGGUGGUGUCUGUUCGCCAAGUGGUGACACCUUUAAUUGCAACUGUCCUGAAGGCUACAACGGCACUCGAUGUGAAAUCCACACUCGCAGAUGUCGACAAAACCCUUGCCAAAAUGGAGGGGCUUGUGAAUUUGAAAAUGGCCGCCAUGUAUGCUAUUGCAACCUUCAUUGGAAAGGUCAUAGAUGUGAGGUGAAGGUCGUGUCAGAUUGUUCCCUGGUCCCAUGUGUAAAUGGUGGAAGGUGUGAGGCUGAAGACAGUGACAUCGGCUACAUCUGUCACUGCCCUACACUGCCGGGAGUGAUGCUGGACUCCAACUGUGGCUAUGUCAGCCCUUGUGAUGCGUACCCAUGUUUCGACAGAGGCGUCUGUGUGUCCAUGCCCAACAACACUUUCAUGUGUGACUGCAGCCCCGGCUACAGUGGCAGGCAGUGUGAGGUUGACGGCACUUUGGGGCCGUCUACAUCAACACCAACAACUACACUCCUGUCUACAACUACAGAUCUGUGCACAUGGACUGUGUGUUACAAUGGUGGGACGUGUGUGGAGCAGUCCGGGAUGUGUGCGUGCCCCAUGGAGUAUACAGGCGCCGGGUGCCGGGUGCAGAAGCACACAGUGAUCUCCAGCUAUGAGGGGAAGGUGACCAUCCUCAUGCCCUACACCACACACAACAGGCAGACGGUGUUGGCCAACUUCAGUGGACAGGUUGAACAUGUAAUGUCGGCACUGAGAAGUACUGGGCAGCUGGAUGUCACCAUGAAGUCUCUCAGGCCCUCAGCUGACAAGAGUGAAAUGCUGGCCGAGUUUGAGGCAACUUACACACAAUAUGUGACAAGUAUGACAGAAAAGAUUGGCUACAUGGCACUGAGAAAUGUUCUCCAUGAUGCUGUCAGCAGUGGGCGUGUUGGGAACCUACAAACCAGCAUCAAGGGUUUCCAGUUCCAACAGACCGUCAAACCUGAUUCCAUGGGGAAGGAGGGGACUGACCACAUGACCAUCUACCUGACUCUCGGCCUGGUGUGUACCACCAUCCUGAUGGUGUGUGUCACGGCAUGGGUGGUGUGCAAGAUACACCGACACAGGAAGAGGAGGACCUGCUUGAAUCUGCUGCCCAGCAUGAACAACGCUGCCACCAUGAACAUGACGAUGCUGACCAACCCAGUGUUUGAGCACUCCGAUGAAGACCAGCGGCGAGCACAUGGCAGUAUGACUGAGGAGAACACCUAUGCUGAGUUCGGGGAAACUAUCAUUCCAUAUGAGGUCACCUACUCCACCAAGCAGAACCUCAAGGAGUGUAAUCUGGUCCGUGCUGCAGCAAGGAAGAACUCUGAGGUGUCAUUCUCAUCUCUGCAAGCAUCCCCUGCUAGAAAGGACAAGGGAGAUGACUCUGCUAAGCCUCUUCUUGACAAGGACUAUCUCACUCCUGUGGUGUCAAAGAAUGAGCUCAGUCAGAUGGAAGAGGUGCCAAAAGAUGAAAAGAAAUUAUUACCAAAUUUGGGCAAGAAUGGUCACGGGAACCAUGCUUUUGACCAAAAUGAGUAUCUUGAACCUGUUAAGGCAUGCCCAAAGCCAAAUUAUGUGAAUGAACCUCAAGGUCAAACUCCAGGUCAUGUAAAUGAAGGUCAUAAUGGAAAUGUAGGUCAAGGUGAACAAGGUCAGAUCAAGGAUGAAAACGUAUUAAGUGUGGGUCAAGCUAAUCUUGGUCAAGCAUCAAGCAGGCAUCAGUAUCUAGACAUGAAACUUAUACCAGAAAAAGGUGAAAUGCACAAAAUACAGUUUGUAAAUGAAUCUGAAAUUACAGUGCCCAAUACCAGUUCAUUGCCAGAUAACCCAAGUUCCCCUAUUGACAGAUUAGCUUAUAUGAUCAACAAGCCAAUGAGGAAUGAGGUAAUGGCUGAAUAUGUUGAACCAACCAAUCAGAAUCCUCCUGAGUACCUUGACAUAUGCCCCCCCAAACCUUCUGAACUUCCUCAAGCAGAUCUGUCAAAGAGGAAGUUGCCACCUCUACCCAAAAGUGCAGGAAAGUGAUGUAUGUUUAUAGAUAUAGCCUCAUGGCUUCUGUUAGAUUUUGCUGAACAUUAAGACUGUUGAUAUUUUGUUCAUUGCACCCUUCUGACAUUGGCCAGAUACAAACCUUUUGAAUUUUCACUGUCAUUUCAGAAACCACAAAAGCACUUAAGUAUUCAGUGGCCCAAAAAGGCCAUGCUAAUUAUUUCUGUUAGAAAUUUAAAAACCUUAUUAAUAGCAAUCAGAUAAUGUUGUGGACAUACGUGUGACCAGUGAGAUCCAGAGUGAUCUGGAUCUCACAGAUAACAUCUGUUUGAGCUGUAAUAUGGCUCUUCCAUUGUGCCAAGUUUAAUGUGCUCCCCACUGCCACAUCUACAAAUGUGUUGGAUCAACUGUUCUCUGAACCACACUUGCAAUUCAUCUGAAACUUGGUAUGGAGCAUCUUACUGACAUUCUCAAAAAUGUUUCAAUCAUUUUGAUUUGGUCAUGGUUUGGUUGCUAUGACAACCACAUUGUAAAAGUUAUUUGGCACAAUGUUUACAUUUUUUAAAUGGGAUUUAUGGUGUGGCUUGAGUGCAAUAAAUUUCAACAUAUGUGGCAUGUUUGUUUCCACUGUCUUUCUUAAAACUGAUUGCUGAGAAGCAAGCUGAUUAACAGGGAGGGACUUUUAAUUGUGUGUUUCUUACUGACCCAAAAUAUAUGCAAGAUGUAUAGCUGUUGAUAUAUAAAGAACAUAACUAGAAUUUUGUUUAAGACACAUGUUUAAAUAAUAUAUUAUACAAAUUUCAGUAUUUUUAGAGUUUCUUUUAUAAAAAGUUUAACAUCAUAUUCUCUGUUCAACACAUGAACAUAUUUCUUACAUCUUUUGAUUUUGUGAAAUGCAUGAUACAUGUUACAUAUUUUGCUAGUACAUUUAUACCCACUGACUGACUAAGAUGAACCAAGAAAUGUGAUUUAUCUCGGUUUUAGAUGUCUAUUAUGAAUAUAUGUACGAAUAUGUAUAUAACAUGAUUUACUGUACAAUAAAACAGAGAAAAGAAAUAUUAAA